GGUAAUAAACCCUUUGCAGGAAGCAGUGGUCUUGAAUAUCAUCGAAUACAUACAGCUGAAAAACCCUAUGUAUUUAACCAAUGUGGUAAAGCCUUUGCAGGAAGGAGUGACCUCCAAAGACAAAAGAUCAUACAGAAGAGAAAGUCUACGAAGGCAUCUAAUGUUAUAAAGUCUUUGCAGCAAGCAUUGAUCUCCAUGUAUAUAAAUGAACACAUACCAGAGAGGAACCUUUUAAAUGUAACCAACAUGGUAAAGCUUUUUCAAAAACCAAUAGUCUUUACAUACAUAAAAGAAUAUAUACUUGAGAGAAAUGCUUUGACUUUAACCAAUGUGGUUAAACUUUUUCAGAAAGCAGUCAUCAACAAAAUCAUAAAACAACACGUAUAGGAGAGAGAUUUUUGAAUGUUAGCAAUGUGCUUUUACACCUUUUUUCACAAACAGUGGCCUCAAAAUAUAUAAGGAAACACGUACUGGAGAGAAAACCUAUGAAUAUCAGCAAUGUCCUGAAACCCUUCUACAUCACAAUCAUCUUCAAAUCCAUAAAGAACAUGUAGUGGAGAAAAAUCCUCUGAAUAUCACUAAUUAGGUAAAGCAGUUAUAAAGAGUCAUCUCCUAACACAAAAGUAUACACACUGGAUAGAAACCCUAUGAAUAUAAGCAAUGUGGUAAAUGUUUUAUAAGUCACAGUAUUCUCUAAGUAAAUAAAGGAAGACACACUUGAGAGAAA